GCUACUCAUCCAAACCAAAGGUUUAGGGUUUACCGCUACUUUCCUCCACCAUGUCGUUGAAAUCUCUCUGUCUUCCAUGGCUUCUCUGUUCCCCAAAACCCUAACUCCAAUCCAUUUCCUUCACCGAACUCGACCUCGAAUUCGAACUCAAACUCAUCCUUCCAAGCUAACCUCCAUUCGAGCCAUGAGCUCCGGCUCCGGCCAGCGCGUCUUCCAGCUCAGGCUUGACUCGCUAACCGGCAACUCCGAAUGGGUCAUCAUCGACGAACACGACGACCAAAGCUUCACCGAGAAGUUCCGGCAACCCCUUCUCGCCACGACGUCGUAUCUGGACAUGCUCAACGAUUCCACCCGAAACAGAGCAUAUCGUGAAGCCAUUGAAAAAACCAUCACCAAACCUUGCCAUGUUCUCGAUAUCGGUGCUGGAACUGGGUUGCUUUCGAUGAUGGCUUCACGAGCUAUGGGUGGCAAAGGGACUGUGACGGCGUGUGAGUCUUAUCUUCCGAUGGUGAAGCUGAUGAAGAAGGUGCUGCGCGUUAAUGGCAUGGAAGGAAGAAUCAAAGUCAUCAAUAAGCGCUCUGAUGAACUCGAAGUUGGGCUUGAUAUCAAUUCACGUGCGGAUGUUCUUGUAAGCGAGAUACUAGAUUCGGAACUAUUGGGUGAGGGGCUCAUACCGACCCUGCAGCAUGCACAUGACAAUUUGUUGGUAGAAAAUCCUCUGACCGUGCCGUAUCGAGCAACUACAUAUGGACAGCUGGUGGAGAGUACAUUCUUAUGGCAGUUGCAUGAUUUGCCUAACAAUGAAGCUGGUGCACGUGAUGGCAUUCGUCUUAACCCUCCAGGACUUGAUAGUGUUUUAGGUGUCAAACGUCAGCAAUAUGCCAUGUAUUGUGAUCCCAUAGAAGGAGAAAUAAAACCACUUUCAGAACCCUUCAAAAUUUUUGAAUUUGAUUUUUCGAAACGGCCAGAAAGUUAUGGAGAAACUGACCUGUGCAUAAAGGCAACUAAUGAUGGUAGAGUUCAUGCCGUCAUAUCUUGGUGGGUACUUCAACUUGAUCGUGAAGGGACAAUCUAUUAUUCUACUGCUCCUAGGUGGAUAAGCUCACCAACAAAUAAAACAGGUCCUGUUGAUUGGUGUGACCACUGGAAACAGUGUGUUUGGUUUGUUCCAGGCUGUGGUAUUUCCAUAUUCAAAGGGGAAGAAAUUCAAUUACUUGCUACUCAUGAUGAUACUAAAAUCUCAUACAAUUUAGAUUCCAAAGUGCCAACAACUGAUGUUUUGCAUCAUGGAUUGACUACUGGAGAUAUGCAGCUUGUACUGUCACCAGAAAGAGCUGCAAUCUAUGGAGACAGAGAAUGGAGGCUUUCAAUGUUGAAAACAGUAGAAAGUGUGUUGCAGGGAAGAGGUGACUCAUUAUGCAUGGUUGCAGAUGAUAGUGUGUUUUUACCACUUCUUGUGGCACAGCUUUCAGAAGCACCACAUAUAAUAUCGUUACUUCCGGGGUUGAAGGAAAGAGGCCUCCAAUAUUUGCAAGCUGCUGCCAAUGCAAAUCAUUUGCCUCCUAAUUGCAUAGAAAUUCUUGGGAAAAGGGUGAAACAGUUAACCACGCAGGAUACACACCAGAAAAAGGUUGAUCUGUUAAUAGCUGAACCUUUCUAUUUGGGACAUGAUGGCAUGCUUCCAUGGCAGAACCUACGGUUUUGGGAGGAUCGUACUACACUUGAUUAUAUCCUCUCUGAAGAUGCUCUGAUAAUGCCUAGUAAAGGAAUAUUGAGGGCUUGUGCUAUCUAUCUUCCUGAUCUUUGGAAGAGCCGAUGUUGCUUGAGUAAGAUAGAAGGUUUUGACCAUUCAGUUGUGAAUGACACAUUAGGGGCUUGCGGUCAUCUACCUGAAAUGGAAGAGGGUCCUUGUCUUCCUUUCUUUGUUUGGCAGUGUGGUGAAUUUGAAGUGCUUAGUGAGACAUUUGAUGUAAUGGAGUUUGAUUUUUCAAAGCCUAUCUGUCAUUGCCAAGGAAAAUCCCAGGUUCAAUUCACCAAGACUGGGGUAUGUCAUGGGUUUGUCCUAUGGAUUGACUGGGUGAUGGAUUUGCAGAACUCUGUUGUGAUAUCAACUGGUCCAGAUAAGAGAUAUUGGAAGCAGGGAGUAAAGCUUCUGGCAUCGCCUAGAACAGUAGGACCCCAAGAAUCGAGAAAUGUCCAAGCAAGUUGUUCUGCAGUUCUUGAAGCACUUUUUGAUCCAUUAAAGGGGGAGCUCAAAAUUACAACCGAUUUCAGAUGAUGCUUUGCCCCUCAAGCUGUUAUUUAAUGCCCUUGCUUGACAGAUCUUUUUGCAACAGUGGCAGACAAAAUAGAUGGCCAGCUAACAUCAGUGAAGGUUUUUUUAUUGAGUUCGUGGUUUGCAUUCUUGGUGAAUUCUGCUCUGUUCAGAGGAACUAAUUUCACUGACAACUGUGACAUCCAUACACUGUACACGAUGGGUUCUUCUAAUAUGCGCUUCAUAUGAGAAUUGACAUUUCUAAAAGCAUGGGCACUCGCACCAGAAGUUAAAAAGGAGACAACUGCUUCGCUUCAACUUCAAAAUGCCUGCUGACAAAUUUAUCUACAGGGUCCUUUAUGCUUAAACCUGACAAAAGCACAAGCGGAUGUAUUUGGUGGUCAAGAAUUCUAACUUAUAACUUCCCAUGUAUUAUGGUGUAAUUUUGAGAUAUUUCAUAUGAAUUUUGUGGCAAGUCCCAAAACGUGUUGUACUCAUGAUUGGAAGCAUACAAAAUACACCCUCCGGUCACUAUUAUAAGCAAAAGUUGACUUUUUUGGUUCUUCCAAUAAAUGAUGCAUGUGGUCAUUAAAAUGGUCACAUACAUCAUUUAUUGAAUGAACCUACAAAGCUAACUUUUGCUUAUAAUAGUGACCGGAGGGUGUAGUUGUCAA